AGAUGAGAGUUUUGCAUAUUUGUGGGGGAACUCUACUUCUCCAAACUGAGUGAGUGCGUUAUCAUCAAAACGUCACUUAUAUCAGCGCGAGCUCUCAGGUUAAACCAAAAAAACACUAAAAAGAGAAGUUUUAUUGCGUUUUAAUAGCGCAAAGAAGAGGCGUCAGGCUACUGACAAGAUUUUGGAACCGGGGUGAGAUAAAAGCGCUUUGAAAUGGAGUACCAGCCUAUAAACGAGCCCAACAGAUCAUACGGUAUAGCCAAUCCGGGUUAUAUACCAGCAGCAACGGGACCACGCGCAAUGAUCGCCCCACCCGCAGCAGACUCCCAGCAGGGCCCCAGCGCUCCUCCGGCCAGCAUGUUUGACAGCAUGCCUGGCUAUGAAGGAACAGUGGCAGGAGGAGGUGGAUAUCUGCCCCCUCCGAUGCCUGCUUUCCCAGCUCCUCAGCCUGCACCUAGUCCUGAACAACCAAAUUGGAAUAUCCCAUCUAUAACUGAAGACACUGCCCGGGAGGCGCUUCUCCUGUAUGCCUCCAGCAAGUGCUGCUACAGCAAAGCACCAGCAAAGGAUGGUGUGAUCACCGGCAUGGAUGCGUUCAAUACCUACAGGUACCGCCUGGAAACCUUUACUGAAUCAAGAUCUACAGAGUGGAGUCACGAGCCAUACAAAGGUCAGCCAGUGGAUGCCUAUGUCCAACCACCUCCAGGUCCUUGGGACAUUCCUGCUAAAACCCCCACUUUUUUUGCGGAUGACAAACAGAUCAUAAAGGUUCCCUACACAUCGUCCACGAAGCCCUGCCAUGGGUGUGUGGGAAUGGGGCGAAAACCUUGCAAAGACUGCGCCGGUGCUGGUAAUAAAGUUUGUUGGGUGUGCAAUGGAUCUGGUUACCGCCACGGAGAUGACCGAUGCCACCACUGCAGUGGCAGAGGGAGAGAAAAUUGCAGCCACUGUCACGGGCAAGGAUCGAAGCAAUGUGAGACAUGUCAUGGAAAACAGCAGCUUCUGGUCUACAUCAAGCUCACCGUGAAAUGGACCACCAACUCUGACAACUAUGUUGUGGAACAGUCGAGUGGACUGCAGAUAGACAACCUCAGCAAGGUGUCUGGCAAGGAGCUUUUCAAGGACUCCCAGUACCUGGUAUACCCUGUGAUGGGCUUCCCAGACCCUACAGUGGUGAAUGCUGCACAGCGCCUUGUCAGUGAACAUCAGGGCAAAUUCUCCCAGACGUCACGCAUUCUACAACAGCGUCAAACCAUAGAGCUGAUCCCCGUCACCAAGGUGACCUACUCGUGGAAAGGGAACUCACACAUUUACUUUGUUUAUGGAAAUGAGUUCAAAGUUAAUGCUGACAACUAUCCUGCUACCUGUUGCUGUACAAUACUGUAAAUACAAUGAUUUUGAAUGAAGGUUCUCUCUUUCCAGAUCAUUGGGUACCUCAAUAAGUCAGUUUUACACAGAAUUACAAAGAGUUAAACAGAUGCAUUUAACCUUUGAACUCCACACACAUCAGUAGAACAAAUGAAGUCUUUUGAGUCAAUGAAAUACAAGGCUACACAGAAAGGGAAGUUACCUUUGACUCACCACUACAAGAUGACUAAUGUUUGGGAAGUGAUUUUUACUGUACAUAACAUUUGUAUGCAUGCACCACAGAAAACUUACAGACACAAUGUAAACCUUAAUCACUCUAAAUUCACUGAAUCCUAACCUUUUUGCUCCAAUGUGACAGCAGUGGUUUUUCUAAUGAUCAGUACGACGAACUAUUGUAUGUAAUUGUUGUAAUUCUAUAUAAUAUAAUGCUGUUAAAUGCUAUUUUUUUAUAUUAGUAACAUGUAUUUGAACAUAAUCUGUUUGCUACGUGGAAAAAUAAGAAUUGUUUUUAUGUGACUGUAACUUGGUAAAUGUGUAUGAUCUUGUCAGACAAAAACUUGCAAUACCUGCUUUGCUAUAAUUCAUCAGUUUGAAUAAAUGGUGUUUCGCAAUG